UUCGAGCAGCGGAUACGGAUGCCAGCGCCAUUUGAGCGCUCCAGACUUCUCUUAAGCUACUUAAAUAUUAAUUGAGAACACUGCCGGAAGGGGUAUUAUGUGUGGAAAAUGUGGCAAGUGAAACGCGCAUUGUCGGGUCAGUGUCAGACCCUACUCGGUGUCCUCCUUCUGAGCGCCGCGUUAAUAAUUCACAGCGCACAAAUCGGAGGAGCCGCGAAAGCUCAGCCGAGACUCGAACCCGGCGUGGGUGAGGUGAAUAGCGCCGAGGCGGUCAACGAAAAUGGACGUGGAAAUGUGUCGAGGCGACUGCCGCGGAGUGUGUUCCAUGUGCGAUGGAAUCCCAACGAAAAGUUCGUUGUGGAGAGUCGCGAGAGUCCGGCCAUCAACUCCUCCAAGCUGGCGCCACAUCCGCGGCUGAAGGUCUCCAAGAACACGAAGCUGACGCUCAGCCCCAAGCUGUACCUGUGCCACGACAAGUACUCGGAGCUGUGCCACAACAAGACGCAGCAGUUCCGGCAGCGCAUCGUCCAGACCUUCGAGAAGUCCAUGAGCGAGUCCUUCAACGACUCCCAGCCCAAUCCCUACCACGUCGACUACAAGCCCGUGUUCGGGGACAGCUUCGAGGAGCAGUACUAUCCCUCCACCUGCCUGGUCAUGGAGGCGGGCGUGCGGGUACUCCGCCGUAAAGACAAACCCUUCGAUAAGGUUCCCUUCGGCCGCCUCUUUCCGCGCCAGAAGCUCUUUCGCAACAUCAAGAACAUCAAGACGUGUGCGAUUGUCUCCAGCGCGGGCUCCCUGGCCGGCUCCAAGCUGGGUCGCUUCAUCGACACGCACGACAUUGUGAUGCGAUUCAAUCAUGCGCCUACGCAAGGACACGAGGUGGAUGUUGGCAGCAAAACCACAAUUCGUGUGGUGAAUUCUCAAGUGGUCACCAAGCCCGAGUUUGACUUCGCCCACGCUCCCAUCUUUCGCAAUGUGACGAUCGCCGCCUGGGAUCCAGGCAAGUACAACGGGACGUUGGAGGACUGGCUCACCAGCGCGGACUAUGACCUGUUCAGCAACUACGAGAUCUAUAGGCGUCGCUAUCCCAAGUCGCGGGCCUUCCUUAUUGAUCCCCAUUCCGUGUGGCGACUGUGGCAGACACUGCAGAUGUUUGCCGGAAACCGUUCUAUUAGGCGUAAUCCACCCAGCUCGGGUUUCAUCGGUCUGGCCCUGCUCUUGCCCCAUUGUCCUCAGGUGGACUUUGUGGAGUAUAUUCCCUCCACGCGGCUCAAUGGACGCUGUCACUACUACAGCAAGGAGAUGAAUGCCGCCUGUACAUUCGGCUCUUGGCAUCCCCUGGCCGCCGAGAAGCUGAUGACAUUGGACAUGAAUACGGCGGAUGACAUGUCUGUCUUCCAGUUUGGCAUAUUGCGUAUACGCAGGCCGGACAAACUGCUCUGCGGCUUCAACUUCUUUGGCUAUUGAGGAAGGCGAGCCAGCAGCGGAAGCAGAGCUGACGGACAAUCGACGUGCAUUUAAUCAGCGGUUUUCACCAAG